AUGGUGGAGGCCAGGAGCCUGAUUCCAUUUAAAACUCUGAAAGGACACCAGCACAUUGUGAGUUCCUGUCACUUCUGUGUGGAUGACACAAAGGUCCUCAGUGGCUCCUAUGACAGCACUGUGAAGCUGUGGGAUGCUGUGGACGGGUCUGUCGUUCGGGAGUUUGAGCAGGGGCCCAAGGCUCCCGUUUCGGAGUGCAGCGUCACGGCUGACAGCAGAAGAAUUACUGCAGCAUCCUAUGACAAGACACUGAGGGUUUGGGACGUUGAAACAGGCAAACUACUGUGGAAGACUAAGCAUGAAACCUUCGUAGUCUCCUGUAAGUUUUCUCCUGAUGGUAAAUACGUGGUGUCAAGCUUAGACAUGGAUUGUGGAAUCUGUAUCACAGAUGCGGAAAAUGCCACCACUUUGUCACACGUCAAAGAUCAUCAUGAAAGGUCAGUCACAGCAUGCUGCUUUGACCCUGACAGCCAGAAGGUGGCCUCCGUCUCGGUGGACAGGAGCAUCAAGAUCUGGGAUGUCACCUCCCAGGCCACGCUGCUCACCAUUACCAAGGCACACACCAACGCAAUCUCUAACUGUUGUUUUACCUUCAGUGGCCAUUUCCUGUGUACAAGCUCUUGGGAUAAAACCUUAAAAAUAUGGAAUGUCCAUACAGGGGAGUAUCGAAACAGUGGAGCCUGUGUGACUCUGAUGAGGGGCCACGAAGGUUCUGUGAGCUCCUGCCAGUUUGCGAGAGACACCUCUCUUCUUGUGUCUGGAGGGUUUGACAGGACUGUGGCUAUUUGGGAUGUAGGAGAAGGCUACCGGAAGCUCUCCUUGAAGGGCCAUAAUGACUGGGUGAUGGAUGUUGCCAUUAGCAAUAAUAAGAAAUGGAUCCUGUCUGCUUCAAAGGAUAAGACCUUGAGACUAUGGAAUAUUGAAGAAAUUGACCAAAUUCCUUUGGUAAUCAAGAACCGAAAGACCCUGGGCCUAAAGGUGAAACAGUGUGAAGGAUGUGACAGGCCUUUCUCCACCUAUGAAACUGAUGUCUUUUCUGAAACAGUCAGCAAAUGUGUGUUCUGCCGGAUGGAUUCAAAAGACUUGUCAGCAGAGACCUCAUCAUCAGGAGAGGAUUCACCGGCAAAAUGGUGCAGCCCAGGCAGUGCUGACUGAUGGCCAUGGGGCCUUCUGAGCACAGGCCACCUGCUAUGUAGGUUUCUGCGCUUUGCAGGGACCUUUCUCUGGGGUCCCUCCCUAGCCAGGUGGGCCUGUCAGACUGGGGCAGGUGUUGAGCCCUGGCUGGGUUCCCACCACCAUGACACCUCAGCUCCACAGCACUCUUGGGGAUCAAACACUUUGGUUUUAAUUUUUAUGCAGAAUAAAUUUAGAUUCCUUUAGAAAA